UCUCUCUCUCUCUCUCUCUCUCUCUCUGCUUCUUCUCUCCCUCUCCCCAAAUUUUGAAAUUGGAAUGGAAUUCAGAUACAGAGCCAUCGACACUAAUCGACCACCACCCGCGACGGUCACUGCACCACCGUCUCAUCCUCCGACACCGAACCUCUCUUUCUUCUCGCCGCCAUCAAUUCUAGGAUUGAGUGAUGAUCAAGUUCGGGAAGUAGUGAUUCAACGGGAGAUUGAGAAGGAGCAGAUCCGUCAAGAGAUCAUUAUCGCUGAAGCAGCGAGGAAAAGAGAACUUAUAGCCGAGGUUUUACAAGAGAUGGCUAUCGAGAGAGAAAUGGCGAAAAGACGAGUCGCUGAGACGGGGAUGUCUAUGUCUCUAGAGGAGAAGAUAACUAUGUGGAUCAACCAAAGGAAGGUUUUAAAUCAGAAUCAGAAUCAGAAUCAGAAUCAGAACAACUUGGUCAGUUCUAUGAUGUGUACAUCACCAAUGAUGCAAUUGCCUCAACCUCAGAAUAUGGUUGAUGAUACUACUGGAACAUCAGUUUUGGAGUCUAAUAAAGAGAAGUUGAUUGUAUUGCAGAAUAGGGCUGACACUAUAGGAGAAAAGCCUAAAGCGGACAGUGUUGGUACUAUGCAAUUGCCUCAACUCCAGAAAAUGCCUGAGGCUACAGGUACUUCAGUUUCAGAGUCUAACAAAGAGAAGUUGAUUGUACUGGCUAGAGCUGAUCCUGUAGGAGCAAAGCGUAAAGCAGAGGAUACUCAAACGGGCUUGGAAAAAGAUCUUCAAGUGAAAAAGCAGAAAGCAGAAGAAGCAGUCUUGGAAGCAAAGACAAUGUCUGUGGAAACCGGAGAAAUAGUCUCUUCGAAGCUUCCUUGCUCGGGGGAAAUUGGCAGUGAAAAGAAAGUAGAAAUCAAGCUGAGAAGUAACUUUACGUUUUGGUGUGAGAUUUGUAAUGUUGGGGCCUUUAGUCAAAAAGUCAUGAGGGAGCAUGAGUCAGGUAAAAAGCAUAAGGCUGCUGUUAUUACACAACAACAGAAUGAGGCACCUGAGGCUGCUUCAACCUCCUUAGCUCCUGCUUCUGGUUCCGCACCACAAUCAGAAGCCAUUUCAGUGAUUGAAAAUGCUAAUGUACCGUCUCAAAAAGUGGAUGAAACAACGGGAAAGAAGAUAGAGGAAGGUGAGAAGAAAAAGAAGGUAACGUUUUGGUGCGACACUUGUAAGAUUCAGACAAAUUCUGAGACGAUGAUGAGGAAUCAUAAGCUUGGCAAAAAACACAUGGCUUUGGUUGAGAAACGGCAACGUAAACCCAUUACAGUCCUCCCAGUGAGUGCUGCUGAUUCAGAAGAGAAAGAAUCAAUUUCUCUUGCAAUGGAUCAUACAAAAGGUAAGGAUCAUUGCUUGGACAAACAUAUAAGGGCUGAGGAAUCAGAGACUUGCACAUGAGUUUUUUUUAAGGUGACAUUGGGAACGUUGGAAAGAAACUAAUUGAUGACAAGAAUAAGUAUUCAUAGACCACAGUGAUUGCAUUAUGGAGUGUGUUGUCUUGUCAUAUUAUUAUCAUGUAAAACUGUACAAGUUGAUUAUGUUUGUUUGGACUUCACAUGAUACAUAUAUGUCUUUCUUUCAGGUCAUAAUGGCAUUGACUUCUAAAGAA